AAAGCGACACUAGAUAUUAUUACUCUCUCUCAACGACUAGGACCAGUCGACUACAAGUCUAUUGUACUUGUACUAUUUAAUCUCCCUUCACACACAUACCACUCUUUUAUUCCCGCCGGUACUACACAUUUUUAGGCGGCUCUCUCUCUCUCUCUCUCCCCUUCUAUCUCUCUCCCUCUCUCUCUCUGAUAUCUCUAUAUUUUGGUAGGGAGAGAAAUCUUGAGAGGGGAAGAAUCAAACAUGGGCCAGGUGAUGAGUUGCAGGACAACAUAUGAGCAUGGUCUUUUCAGUGCUGUUCAGUUCGGAGACUUGAAAACUGUGGAAACUCUCAUGGAAACUGACCCCACCAUGAUUCAUCAAUCCACUCUGUACAAUCGCAACUCUGCUCUUCAUAUUGCUGCUGCUAAUGGCCAGAUCGAGAUUGUUACUUUGCUUCUGGAGAGAUCUGUGAAUCCUGAUUUGGUGAAUAGAAAUAAGCAGACUCCUUUGAUGAUGGCUGCAAUGCAUGGGAAUAUUUCUUGUGUGGAAAAGCUCAUCCAAGCUGGGGCAAAUAUUUUGAAGUUUGAUUCGCUUAAUGGAAGAACCUGCUUGCAUUACGCUGCAUAUUAUGGCCAUUCUGAUUGUCUCGAAGCUAUUCUUACAGAGGCUCGUACCUCCCAUGUUGCUCUCUCUUGGGGAUUUGCUCGUUUUGUUAAUAUUAGAGACGGUAAAGGAGCAACUCCUUUGCAUUUAGCCGCCCGUCAAAGACGGCCUGAUUGUGUUCAUAUUCUAUUAGACAGCGGAGCCCUAGUUUGUGCUUCAACUGGUGGAUAUAGUUUCCCCGGUAGCACUCCACUUCAUUUAGCUGCAAGAGGUGGUUCUUUGGAUUGCAUAAGUGAGCUUUUGGCUUGGGGUGCAGACCGGCUUCAAAGAGAUUCUUCAGGGAGGAUACCAUAUCUAGUUGCUCUAAAGCAUAAGCACAGGCAAUGUGCUGCUCUGCUGAAUCCUACAUCUGCUGAACCUAUGGUCUGGCCGUCACCUCUAAAAUUCAUCAGUGAGCUUAAUCAGGAAGCAAAAAAUAUAUUAGAAAAGGCCCUAAUGGAGAUUAAUAGGGAGAGGGAGAAAAGCAUUUUAAAGGGUGUAGCAUACUCUGUUCCAUCUCCAUCUCAAUCUGAUGCCGGAACUGAUGAUGAUAUCUCAGAGGUCAGUGAUGCUAGUCUAUGUUGCAUAUGCUUUGAUCAAGUCUGCACAAUUGAAGUUCAAGACUGCGGCCACCAGAUGUGCGCUCACUGUACACUUGCUUUGUGCUGCCACAACAAGCCCAACCCAACAACAGCAUGCCUCACUGCUCCUGUUUGCCCAUUUUGCCGAAGCACCAUUGCGCAGUUGGUUGUUAUAAAGAUUGAAGUGGAGAACAGUACCGACUCUAAGGAACUUGCUUCUUCGAACCCCAAAAGAUCAAAGAGAUUCCGUAAUUGCAGUGAGGGAAGUAGCAGCUUCAAGAACCUGUCAGCUGUAGGUUCAUUUGGCAGAAUGGGUACUCGUGGAUCAGGAAGAAUUGCUGCUGAAAACGAUUGUGUCGAUAAAGCUUAAGCACCAAGAAUGUUCUGACACAAAAACGGGUGCGUGUAUAGAUAGAUCUCCUAUCUCUGUCGACAUUGUUGAUUGAGAAUACGCACAAGUAUGAUUCGAAAGGUAUUGUAGCGUGGUGUGUUCACAAUCUUUGUCUGGUACUUGCUUAGUCUUGCAGUAAUGCUUUUAGGUCCUUUUAGUUAGCUUCAAUAGGAAAAACCAAAAAUUCUUUACAUCCUCUUCCUUGUGAAAAGUACAAGUUGAACCAUUCUACAAUGUCUGCUACUUAGAAAAUACUGUUAUACAAACCUACCUGUAAGAGUCAGCCAAGUUGAGUGGAAAAUUCGUCCCCUCUUGUAUCGAAACUCUUACCCUGUAUAAAAAGAUUGUACCUAGCUGAGAAAGCUUCUGCAUCAGCAUGGUUUGGAGAAGGUUCCGAUGUCCGCAGCCUUUUACAAAUUACAAGUUAAUGUAUGCUUAUUUUUCUUGAUCUUUCCUGUAUGUUGAAUUGAUAGACAAGAUUUAUUUUGUUUAAAAGAAAUAAUGACAGUACUUUGAUUUGAA